GUUAUUAAGGUCUUGUUAUUGUUGACACAGGUGGACGAGGAUGACCUUGGACGAGGAUGACCUGGAAACUACCCAAGAGUGUCAUUGGUUUAAGUGCCUUUGGUUCAUUUGUAGGAGGAAUUAUAUUAUUUAAAGAAGUCAUCGGGGGCAACAAAUACACCGGGACCGAGAGCAUGAUUGGCAAGACGGUCAUCAUUACGGGAACAAACACAGGCAUCGGUAGAGAGACGGCUUUAGAGAUGGCCAAGCGUCGAGCCCGAGUCAUCAUGGCGUGUCGAGACCUUGAGAAAUGUAAAGAGGCGAGGAAAGAAAUUGCUCUGGAGUCUCGAAACAAAUAUAUAUACUGCCAGGAGUGUGACUUAGCUUCUCAAGAGUCUAUCAGGAACUUUGCCAAGAAGAUAAAUGAAAAAGAGGAGAGAGUUGACGUUUUAAUCAACAACGCCGGUGUGAUGCGGUGCAAGAAGUCGGCCACUAAGGAAGGGAUAGAACUACAACUCGGCACAAACCACCUGGGGCAUUUCCUCCUUACCAACCUACUUCUAGAUAAGAUUAAGGCUUCAGCACCGAGCCGCAUCAUAAAUGUCUCGAGCGUUGCACACAAGCGAGGGAAAAUAAACUUCGAUGAUCUAAACAGUGAGAAGACCUAUGAUGAAGGGGACGCAUACGCUCAAAGUAAACUGGCCAACAUCUUGUUCACGAGAGAAUUAGCGGAGAGACUAGAGGGGUCUGGAGUGACUUGUAAUGCUCUUCAUCCUGGGAUUGUUUUUACCGACAUUGGGAGACAUAUGAGCAUCAACAACAGCUGGGUUGCCAAGGUCUUCCUGCACCCAAUACUGUGGCUCUUCCUCAAGACUCCCCGCCAAGGAGCCCAGACCACCAUAUAUUUAGCAGUGAAUGAAGACUUGGAGAACGUAUCUGGGAAAUACUUCAGCAACAAGACAGAGGCGGGGAUGUCAGAUGCUGCACAGGACAGGGAGGCCGGCAAGAGCUUUUGGGCCGUCAGUGAAAGCUGGAUGCACCUCGCCUGAAACCAUACACUUUAAUUAUUGUAAAUUUUCACAUACAUGUAAAUAAAUCUCUUUAAAUAAUA